UUGGAGCAAGACCGAACAAGCAUUUCUGACAAAAACUCUCUCCUUUUCAAUUCGACUCGAUUCGUUAACAAUGAUGGAUUUGGACCCAGAUGAUAUCUUCAGAGACGAAGACGAUGACCUCGGCAAUGAAUUCUACGAGAAAGAAGCAACCAAAGAACUUGCUGUAUACCUGGUUGAUGCUUCCCCAAAAAUGUUCUCCUCUACUUCUCCAAACGAGGAUGGCAAGGAUGAGACUCAUUUCGAUGUGGCUCUCAGUUGCAUCUCACAGUCACUGAAGACUCAAAUUAUCAAUAGGUCGUAUGAUGAAGUUGCUAUAUGCUUCUUUAAUACGAGGGAAAAGAAGAAUUUACAAGACUUGAAUGGCGUCUAUUUGUUUAAUGUUGCUGAUCGAGAUUAUUUAGACAGGCCAACAGCUAGACUAAUAAAAGAGUUUGAUCUUAUAGAGGAGUCAUUUACGAAAGAAAUUGGAAGUAAAUAUGGUAUUGUCUCCGGGUCUCGAGAAAAUUCUCUUUACAAUGCACUCUGGGUAGCGCAGGCACUGCUGCGGAAAGGGUCUGUAAAGACUGCUUGUAAGCGAAUGCUUCUAUUUACUAAUGAAGAUGAUCCUUUUGGGAGUUUCAAGGGUGCUUCGAAGAUAGAUAUGAUAAGAACAACAUUGCAGCGGGCGAAAGAUGCACGAGAUCUUGGCAUCUCAAUUGAACUUCUGCCAUUGGGUCGGCCCGAGGAAGAAUUCAACGUUUCUCUGUUCUAUGCUGAUUUAAUUGGACUGGAAGGUGAUGAGCUUGCUCAAUUUAUUCCCUCAGCAGGAGAAAAAUUGGAGGAUAUGAAAGAUCAGCUUAGAAAGCGCAUGUUCAAAAAGCGCAUAGUUAGAAAAAUCAAUUUUUUGAUUGCCAAUGGACUAUCGAUUGAACUGAACACAUAUGCCUUGAUUCGUCCCACUGUUCCUGGAGCAAUUACAUGGCUGGAUUCUGUCACUAACCGCGCUUUAAAGGCUGAAAGAUCUUUCUUCUGUGCGGAUACUGGUGCAUUGCUGCAGGAGUCUACCAAACGCAUUCAGAUUUACAAAAAUGAAACUAUCAAGCUUUCAGUGGAUGAACUAUCGGAAAUAAAAAGAAUUUCGACUGGAAAUCUUCGUUUGCUUGGAUUCAAGCCAUUAAGUUGCUUGAAGGAUUAUCACAACUUACGGCCAUCAACAUUUCUUUUUCCAAGUGAUGAGGAUAUAAUUGGUAGCACACGCCUUUUUAUUGCAGUGCAUAGGUCCAUGUUGCGGCUUAAACGGUUUGGAGUUGCAUUUUAUGGCAGUUCAUCUCGUCCACAACUGGUUGCCCUUGUAGCACAAGAGGAAAUAAUCAUAGCCGGUGGUCAGGUUGAGCCACCGGGAAUGCACAUGAUAUACCUUCCAUAUUCUGAUGAUAUCAGAGACAUUGAAGAGCUUCAUUCAGAUUCAAAUGGCACAGCGCCUUGUGCAACUGAUGAGCAAAUAAAAAAUGCUGCUGCUUUAAUGAAACGAAUUGACUUGAAAGAUUUUUCCGUGUGCCAAUUUGCAAACCCUGCCUUGCAGAGACACUAUGCAGUGUUACAGGCUCUGGCUCUGGAGGAAGAUGAGAUUCCUGAUAUCAACGAUGAAACCGUGCCUGACGAGGAAGGCAUGUCUAGACCGGGAGUUGUUAAAUCCUUGGAAGAAUUUAAGCUUUCUGUCUAUGGAGAGAAUUACCAGGAGGAAAAUGGCCCCGGAAAGGCAGUUGAUGCCUCCAAAAAGAGAAAGGCAGCUGCGGAACUUGCAGCUAAAGAGAGUGCAAUCCACGACUGGGGUGAACUUGCAGACAAUGGAAAGUUGAAGGAUUUGACAGUAGCACAGUUAAAGUGCUACUUAACGGCACACAACCUUCCUGUUGCCGGUAAGAAGGAAGCUUUGAUCAGUAGGAUAUUAACUCACAUGGGGAAAUGAGUGAGUUCGGGUUUUGCAUUUUCCGUCUAAAACGUCUAAAUCGAUAUAUAGAACACAGCAAUUUGGUGGUCCAGUGAUGCAAGCUUUUGGGGUUAGUCAAAGACUCAAACAUGAAAAUGAAGUCGCAGUUUUCUAGUUAUGAAUGAAGUAUGAACUUAAAGUGGUUUGCAUUUGUAAGAAUGUUAAAGAGUUCGC